AUGCGUCGCGUUCUUCUCCUGCUGGUGGCUGGGCUGGCGUCGGCGGCUCCUUCCGGGCCCCGUCCCGGUCAGCAGAAUCUAGCAGCCAAGAACAUCCAGGUUGGCCCGCGGCCUUACUACCUGGUCGAUGACAUGGACGAUGGCUCUCUCAAGCGGAAGCUCGAAUCGUGCAGCGAGAAGCCCAUCACCUACCCACCACAAUUCUCCAUAUCGCAUCGCGGUGGGCCCUUGCAAUUUCCCGAGCACUCGCGGGAGGGCAUGCUUGCUGCGGCUCGAAUGGGAGCCGGCAUUAUCGAAUGCGACGUUGCUUUCACGGCCGAUCGUGAGCUGGUCUGCCGGCACUCGCAAUGCGACCUGCACACGACCACCAACAUCCUCACUACCGACCUCGCGGCUAAGUGCACCGUCCCCUUCCAACCCGCGGCCGAUGGGAAGCCCGCUCAGGCCAAAUGUUGUACCUCCGAUAUCACCAUGGCCGAGUUCAAAACCCUCUGUGCCAAGAUGGACUCGAGCAACGCGAGCGCCACGACGCCGGAAGAGUACCAGUAUGGCGGACCGGCCUGGCGGACCGAACUGUACGACACGUGCGCCACUCCGAUGGUGCACGGUGAGUACAUCGAGUUGAUCGCAUCUCUGGGACUGCAGUUCUCGCCCGAGCUGAAGACCCCCCAGGUACCCAUGCCGUUCGAGGGGAACUACACGCAGGCGAUGUACGCGCAGCAGCUCAUCGACGAUUACAAGCGGCACGCAAUUCAUCCGUCACGCGUGUGGCCGCAAUCCUUCCUUGAAGAUGACAUCUUCUACUGGAUCGACCAUGAACCAGCUUUUGGAAAGCAGGCGAUUUACCUCGACGAGCGCGUGGAUACCCCCAACGGAUAUACCGCCGCGGUUGCCGGACUGCCUGAGCUCGCGCGACGGGGCGUGAAAAUCAUGGCGCCACCAAUCUAUGCGCUGUUGAAUGUGAGCACGGACGGAGAGAUCAUCCCAUCACAGUAUGCACGGGCAGCUAAGGCUGCCGGCUUGGAUCUGAUCACUUGGUCGCUUGAACGAUCGGGUCCCCUGGAGCAGGCUGCGGCCGCCAAGGAGUACUACAUACAGUCCAUUGCCUCCAUUGUUCACAAAGAUGGCGACUUGUAUCGCAUCGUGGAUGCUCUGGCUCGAAAGGUCGGCGUCAAAGGUCUCUUUUCGGAUUGGCCUGCGACUGUGACGUACUAUGCCAGCUGCAUGGGCCUGGCAUAG